CUGCUCCUCUCCUUCCUCCCCCGACAAGCCCCCAAGCCGCCGACUCUCUCUCCCGUGAAAAGCCGGUGAGAUCUUGAGGAAAUUCCUUCCUUUUCUUGUUCAAUCACAAGAUUUAGACCUAGAAUCUUCCCUCUCAACUCAGAGAAAUCCCAGAUCUGCGCUAUUCUUCCCCUUGCUGUCCGUCGGCUUCUGCUAUCCGUGAUUUCUGGUCUUUUUCUGCUCCCAUGACAUCCCUUCCCUUUCCCGAUCUCUGCCAAGCUCGCCAGAUCCGGCUUCUAUUGCUGGAAAUAUUCUGGUGCUGUUGUGGCUUAGAACUCUGGGGUCGAGUUUCCUGUUUAUGCCAAGUGAGACUGGGUAUAUUCUACGAGAGAAAAAGGACCAAUUACAGGUACAGUACAAUUAAACAAAUGCUAACAAAAAUUUUGUGUUUUUAUCUCCCAAAUUUCCACUUGACAUUUUUUCCUUCCAACUGCUAAUUUCCACCAAGUGUUUGAUGCUUCUUGUCAGCCCACCGGGGCCUACCCGUGCCAACCCCCUACCCCAAAUUGUUCUCUCCUUCUACGGUCUUUCCCUCCCGUAUGCCUCUAGCAAAAUUUUCGCCUUUGCACCCUUAAUUGAAUUGAUGAUUUCCACUGCUGUUCUGUUGAUAUAGGAUUUCCAUAUCUCAUCUGUUUGGAUACAAAGGAGACUGAUCCCACUGCAUGGAGGACCCUUAGAUUUCUCAGAAUCACGGGGUGGGAUUCCUGGCUUGGUUUUUGGGUUUUUCAAGUAAGUUCUCAACAUUUCCUCUCAGAAAUGGAGCUGUCGUAUACUGCUAUCAUUCAUAAAAACGAAAAAAUCGGAAUGGUAAGAAACAACUGUUUUUAGUAGAGCAUGGAAUACUUCCAAAAACCUGUGGAAUGGAUUCCUGGGCUUUGGCAGUUUGCUAUUCCUGGGGUUUUGGCUGUUCGCACUAGUUAUUUCAUCUUCUUCUCUUCACACUUCACAAAACUAAGCAACAAAAACAAUCUUCUCCUCACAAACCUAAGAAUCAACAAUGACGAUUCUUUUCACUCUAGUACUCUUCUCUCUUAUUCUCAGUCUCACUUUUGCCAUCCAAAAGGUGUAUUUAUUUUGUUCAAAACUCAUUCUGGUGCUGAGAUUGCUAGGGACAAGAUUUUUUACUCAUAUACUCAUUCCAUCAAUGGUUUUGCCGCGGUCCUGGAUGAGGAGGAAGCUGUGCAGUUAGCAAAACGUUUGGAUGUGAUUUCUGUUUUCCCAAACAAGCCAAGGAAACUGCACACAACUCAUUCAUGGGAAUUUUUGAGAUUGAAAAGAGACGGGAUUAUUCCUUCGGAAGCAAUCUGGAAGAAGGCAAGGUUUGGGAAAGACACCAUCACUGGAAACCUUGAUACCGGUGUUUGGCCGGAAUCAAGGAGCUUUUCGGAUGAAGGUUAUGGUCCCGUUCCAUCAAGGUGGCGUGGAGUCUGUCAAAGUGGAAAUGGAGAUAAAUUCCAUUGCAGCAGGUCCAUUCUUUACACUGCACUUCUUUCACUGUGCACUCGCAUGCCAAGUGUGCGUUUACGGGUCAUUAGUCUAUCAAGCGAUUUGUUCAGCUACAAUUGAUGUUUUAUGAGCUCAACCCAGUUCCUUCUAUAUCAAUACAGAAUUGGUUAAACCCCCAUUUUGGUCCCUCAACUAUUGUACGGACCCCCGAUUCAGUCCC